AACUUUAUAAGAGGAGACGGCGCAUUUAUUUCUUUUUUUUUCUAUUUCCUAUUCUUAGCUGCCCUUCCAUGUGCUGCAAAACUGGCACUUCUAGCAGCCAUCACUGGAGAUGGAUAGAGGAAAUAUAAUUAAAUAUUAAUAAGGUGGUCCUGCUUUUCAAAAGGGGGGCCCCCAUUUUUUUUUUUUUUUUACUAAUGCAAAUGCUCCCCCAAUCCCUUCUUUGUGUGGAGCCCCAGCACCCUCCAAGUGAGCUGUGAGCUGAAUUAGUAAUGACCUGUCCUCGCCACCCGGCAAGGGAGGUGUGAAACUCAACCCACCCUCCCCCUUCUUCAACCCCCCCCCCCCGAAAGAGGGUGAUAUAUAAAUCAUCGGAUCAGAAGGAAGACUCUUAAUUGAAUGCAGGAAGAUUAAGAAACAUUCUAUUCCAGUAAACCAACAUGGAUGCAGGAACUCUCAAACAACAUGACCCUCCGCUUACAGUCAAUGAACAGGUGAUAGUCAUGUCUGGCCAUGAGACCAUUCGGGUACUUGAAGUAGGUGUGGAUGCCCCGUCACAGUCAGAGGAAGCGACAAAGACUGCAGACCCUCCAGCUGCGGAAUCAACAGAUACAAAUGAUUUACCGAGAGAAUCUGUGCUGUGCCAUGUGGAAAAUACUUGUGCUGAGUCUGUAGUGAAGUCUUCUGCUGCAUUUGUAUCACCUACAAUCCCUACCAUCUUCACUCAGGCAUCAAGCCAACCACAGCCCACUCUUGCAUCAUUUGCUAUGCAAGCAGCACCACAGGUCUUGACUCAGGAAAACCUAGCUACACUUGUGGCAGGAGUAAUGGCUCCAGCAGGGGCAGUGACUCAACCUGUUCUUAUCCCCAUCAAUAUUGCAGGUCAAAUGGCUAGUCAGCAAGGUCUAGCCUUGUGGAACUUUCCUACUGCUACACUAGCCACAAUUCCCGGACUGACCGCUGCUCCUCCCACAGGGGGAGUAUUCAAACUGCCUUUAACUAGUCUGCAAGCAGCUUCUGUUUUGAACACUGCCCUUCAGACACCUGUACAGACAGCUCAGGCCAUUCAAGCUGUUUACCAGGCUCAGCCAGCAGUGGCAGCCCAGCCACCUCUGCAAACAACUGUCCAAACACAGCCUACCCUCCAGCCUCCCUCUGCCCUCCAGACCCAGUCACCUUUGGUGCCAAAUGUGCUACCCAAAGCAGCAGAACCACAAACACAAAUCACAGUACAACCAGCAAGUUUUACCUUUAAUCCAGCCAUUAUCAGUGCGGCUUCUUUUGGAGGUCAGACUCAACUCCUGGGCUCACUGGCUACCACUCCAAUAUUCACCAGUGCUAUUUCAGGAGUGCCUAGCAUCACAAGCCAAAUCCUUACCAAUGCCCAGGGCCAGGUUAUUGGCACCCUUCCGUGGUUGCUGAACUCCUCAGGAAUUACUUCGGGUGCUGCAACAGCUGCUUUGUCUGCCCAGAAUAUGGUGCAUGCUGUAACUCCUCAACUUCUGUUAAAUGCCCAAGGACAAGUCAUUGCCACGUUGGCAAGUAAUACCAUACAGACACCGGUCAUCCGGAAAACUGCCUCGCCAGAUACACCAGCUAGGACAGAACCACAGACUCAAUCAGCUCCACAAAUCCAGCCUGCACCUGUUAUAACACAGCCUUCAGUGGUUGUGGCAAACCCAUCUCCAGCCACAACAUCAACUUCUACUCAAGUCCAUAUUAACUGCUCAGAGCCCCCAACUGUGGGUCAACUGGUGUCAAAGCAACACAGUGGGGGCUAUGAUGAAGAUGGAAUAAAUCUGGAAGAGAUAAGGGAGUUUGCUAAGGAUUUCAAAAUCCGACGACUGUCACUGGGCCUGACACAGACUCAGGUCGGCCAAGCUUUGACUGCCACCGAAGGUCCCGCUUACAGCCAAUCGGCCAUCUGUAGGUUUGAGAAGUUGGACAUCACCCCUAAAAGUGCUCAGAAGCUAAAACCCGUCUUGGAGAAAUGGUUGAAUGAGGCAGAGAUUAGGAAUCAGGAGGGGCAGCAGAAUUUAAUGGAGUUUGUAGGUGGAGAACCAUCAAAAAAAAGGAAAAGACGUACAUCUUUCACUCCACAGGCUGUAGAAGCUCUUAACUCGUACUUUGAGAAGAACGCACUGCCCACUGGGCAGGAGAUCACAGAGAUAGCAAAGGAGCUGAACUAUGAUCGAGAGGUGGUGAGGGUGUGGUUUUGUAACAGACGCCAGACUUUAAAAAACACCAGCAAGCUUAAUGUCUUUCAAAUUCCCUAAAGAAACCAAAACAAUAUCAUUACCACCACUUAUCCCCUUGCAUCAAAUCCCCUACUUACUGGAGGUGAUUCCAUGUGACGUUCUUUUGUGAAAGCACUUUGUGACUCAGUUCCUGCUUUGCCGUAACAUAGACAGCUGUCCCACGCAACCGACCCUUUGCCUAAUUCUUUUUUUUUUUAAUACAAAAGCCAAGUGUGGUUAAAGGUUGAUAGCCAUCUCGGCCAGAACUCUCGGGUGGCCUUCUUACAAAGAUUUGAAUAUACUUUGUUCUCAAAGAGCCAAAUUGAUCUCCCUUUAUGUUGGGAAACCAAACCUUCGGCUUGAGUAAGAAACAAGGAUCAUUACUUGUUGCUCUAACUUAGUUAUGACUAUGUGGUUUGCCUGGGAUAGCACUUACCUGGGAUAGUCUGGGAAACUCUUACUCGACAACACCACAGCAAGAGGAGCCUUUGAAGGCCAGCAAAGAUAAUUUUAAAACCAGAGAUUUUAUGUAUCACAUUUUAUGUUUUAUCUACAUUCGAUGUUUUAUCUAUGGUUUUUUUUGUGUGUGUUUUUCUAUAUAUAUACUUUUUGCACAAAUUAAUUUGUUCAUCAACUGCUUUCAUGUGCAUGUUCCACUGCCAGAACCCAGAGGCAUGUUCAUUCUGUUGGAAGCAUGCCCAUUAUUCAAUAUGUGUUCAGAAGAGUAAAAAAAAUAAUUAUUGCGGGUCAAAGCUUUGGAUGAUGAGGAAAACAUUUUUUCAUAUUAUUUUAUAUUUUUUAUAUCUACAUAUAUAUAUAUUUUUUGCAGUGAGUGUUGCUUGCAUUUAGAAACUAAUGUGUGUCUGGAGAAACAGACCAUUAACACACUUGCUUGCAGUUUUCCAGAACUAGUGUUAACCUGAUUAUUUAUUCAUUUGAAAUUAUGUUAUUUUAUUGUUUCUAAAUCUUGAUUGUUCUCCCAGUGCUGCACUGGAGUGGAGUUAAAAAUUCCACUAAAAUAACAAAAUAAUUUGCAAUUUAGCGCUUUGUCGCCAAGUGGGACAAAAUAACAUUUCUAUAUACGUGUGAGUGUAUGUAGGUGUUUCAAUAAAUGUUUAUUUUUGUUUAAUUGCUAAGAUUUUUAAAUUGUUAUAUAUUUGUGUGCAAAAGAAUGUGAAUAAUACAUGCGUGUGUUUGUAAACACACUGAUUUCUACUGUAUUUAUGGAUACAUAGAUUGAUUGUGAUUGUCUCUGUCACAGUAGACUUUUAUUGAAAUAACAGUUUGGUUGGGUAGAUGAAACUUCAAUCAAUGUAUCCCUACUUACAGACUCAUGUUUGAUUGACUUGAUAAAUCCUAUGAAAGGCUAUGUUUUCUGAGGUCUGCAUAGUAUUUAUAAAUAAAAGAGUAAAACAGUUGAUAAUAUUAACUUUGAUUAGCCCAACAUAGCCCGGAUACCAAAUGAAGCCAAACAAUAUAAAUAUAUAUAUGGAUAUAGGCUUGUUCAUUUGUAUAUUGUUUAGGGUGGGCAUGUU